AUGGAAGCAUGUUAUCUUAAUAACGAAGAAGAGUUUGUUAAGCAAGAUCCAAUCGGUAUUCUGCGAACUUUGUUUCAAUAUGAGACCUGUGAACCCUUUAGAAAUUCAUGCCUUGAUAUUAUCUGUGAAAAUCCGUAUCCUCUUUUUGAUUCCGAUGAAUUUUCGGGAUUGGAUAGAUCAUUGCUAAUAAAGAUACUGGAGAAAAGUAAUCUUAAUGCAGGUGAAGUUGCUGUUUGGAAAUAUUUGCUUCAUUGGAGCGCCGCACAAGCAUCAAUCACUUUAGAUGUCACCAAUCCAAAUUCAUGGUGCACUGAAAAUUUUACGGUUCUGAAAGAAAUUUUUGAACCAUUUAUUCCCUUCAUCCGAUGGUUUCAAAUUAACUCAAAAGAUUUUCGUCAAGAAAUACUGCCUUUUGCUCCAAUUCUACCGCAAAAUUUGCAUGGGGACGUGGUUCUUUAUUAUUUGGAUCCCGAUUCACCACCAAAAUCUAUUCCCGUUUCUCCAAAACGGAACCCUCUUAAUUUAAAGUCAAUUGUCAUAUCUCCACGUAUUUUCACAACUAUUGCUAAUUGGAUCGAUCAAAAGGAUGUUCAAGGAAAUAUUUAUGAUCAAAAAAAUAACCCCUAUAAUUUUGAUCUUAUUUUUAGUUCGAAUACAAAACAAUCGGCAGAAAAAAAUCAAGUUAUAACUGAUAAUAAUGAGACUGAAAUCCGUACUUUAGUAGUUCUUAGGCCAAAAAAUUCAUACUUGAUAAUUGGCGAAUACAAAAUUUUUCGUCUUCAUCGGUAUCCUACUAUAACAUCUAAAAAUUUUGUGUUUUCUUUUGAUCUUUCUUCACUAACCGGAAAUAUUGUACGAGCCUCAAUUGAUAAAUCAGGAAGCACCUAUAAUUUAAGGCACAAUUUUGCUUUAGGUAUUAGGCGAAAUAAAAAUGGUUCUUUUAAGUUUAGUCUUAACUGGAAAUAUUAUCCUAAUGCAGAGAAAGAAUUAAAGUUAGGUGAUUAUUCGAAGAAUUCAAACGGAUUUUGUCAAUACGAAAUUUACAAAGUAACUGAGAAGAAAAUUUGCUAG